AUGGUCGGUCCACCCGUCCGCACCCGCGAUCGCCUUCGUCACCAGCACGUCCCGCUGAUCUCGCCUCCGGACGAGGACAUAGUCCAGCAGGGGCCACUGACGCGACCGAGGAUGCCUCCAGGUGGCCUUCUCUCGCUCCGGCAGACAAAAGAACAUGUUCGUCAGGAUGAGGCGGUGUUCUGCGCAGGUGCGGAGAAGCAGCAGACCAUUGUCGUUGUAGCCGCGGAGACCGUGGGGAGUGAGCACUCCUCACCAGACAGUAUGGUCUGUGUCGACGCGGGCGUUGAGGUCACCAACGACAAUCAACUUGUCCGCCUUUGGCACAGUCGCCAAGAGGGCGUGCAGGUCCUCGUAGAAUUUGUCUCUGACGGCGUCGGGGUUGGUCAUCGUCGGAGCGUAAGCGCUGAUGAUGAUGGAGAAUUUGCCUCCCCAGAGAAGCAGGCGGAGGCUCAUCAGGCGAUCGUUGAUGCCCUGCGGCAGACUGGGCAGUCGUCCCACGAUAUCGUUCCGGGUGGCGAAGGCGACACACGCGUCUCGUCGCUCUGCCUUUGGUCGACCACUCCAGAAGAAGGUGUAGCUGGCACCCACUCCCUCCAGUUGGCCUUGUUCGGAGAAUCGGGUCUCGCUGAGUGCGGCGAUGUCCACCUUGUAGCGCGCCAGUUCCCGUGCUACUAG